GGAGUGCGAGGGGGGUGUUGGACUCGCUACCCCAACCCACUGGGAGACCCACGUGUAGGGGCGUCAAGUUCCAGAAUGAGCUUUGAUGCCACACUGUCGAUAUGGGUUGAAGAUGGGACAUGGCCAAUUCCACAGAAUCCCGUAGACACCCUUUGAACGAGUGGAGUAAAAGGCAGAGCGCCCCUCGGGUUUAUAAGGAGGCUGAGCUGCAUCGGGAGAUCUCACAAGACGGCUGAAGGUGGACGCCGAGCGACGAUCUCCUGCAGCCAACGGACAGCCAACGACUGCCCCCAUGGAAAAAGUCGUCAACUCUUCGGCUAUGGAAGCCCCUCCGGCGUACCCAGCCCGGUCCAGGUUCAGCCGCAAGUUCAUCAUCAUCUGCGCGUCGCUGCUGGUGCUGCUGAUCGCGGUGGUGGUGGCGGGCGUCCUACUGGGAGUCUUCAUCGGGGGCAAGAACGCGACCGAGCUCUACCAGCUGUCCGUGGGGGAUAAGGACGGCAACGUUGAGGAGCAGACGGUGCAGGUGAACCCCAAGGAGAACGUCGCCACCUUCUACAUCCAGAACGGCAACGUUUCCUCCACCACGCUCCUCGACUACGGCAAGAACCUCGUGGUGAUGAGAACGAACGACCCGGGCGAGUGCUACGUGCGGGAAAUUGGCGCCGGAGAUUUCCCGUCGUUCUCCGAGCUAAGAGACAGCCUCAAGAAUCUCAACGGUCAGACGGUGCAGGCCAGCGGCGGCUCAGAUGGCUCCACGUUCUUCCCCGGUGCUGAGAUCUUCGACCGAUCCCUGUUCAGCCGCAGCGCCAACCUCCUCUGCCAGGACGUGAGAUCGUUCUGGCUCGUCAAGGGCGACCCCAACACCCGGGCACUAUGCGUGACAUGGAGGAUCAGAAUAUUAUGUAUAUUCCAUCGGUGUGUUACGAUCAGGUUUUGUAUUUCAUGGUCGCGUUAGAUUUUUGAGAGGCCCUUGUUGGUAAGGCCCUGCGUUAGGUUAAUCAAUGUGGGUGGAACGAGUAAUCGGGUCACGGUGAUUUAUAAUCUUAAACUACACGCGGGGUUUGUGCGCUUCUGCUCUCUCUUGGCUUUCAUGUCACAACUCGUCCAAAAAUCACCCUUCCGAAACCCACCGGUUGGAAACUGUCAUGAGGCCUAAAGUAACAAAAAAAUAAAACGUUCAACAUUUUAUCUCCCCACCACCAUCACCUCAACGUUCGGCUGCCCAAAACUGAACAUUUACCUUUUUGGAUGGUUCUAGUUACAACUACAGUACAUGCACAUGUAGCUGGUCUGCCCUGGCCCCUCUUGAACCCUUUAGAUUAUAUAAAAACAGUACAUAUGUAGACUGUAUAGAGUCGGCCGAAUCACGGGGAAUGCGCCCCAAUCUACAUCAGAUCGCAGCAGACGCACGCGGUGAUAGGAGCCUGAAGGGGGUUUGUUAAAUCUAUUGGACGGGUAACUAAAAACAACAACAAGUCAACAAUAAACGGAGAGCGAUGAUGUCUCUCCCCGACGGAAAGAGGUCUUCGACAAACCAAACGCAUUCGGCACGGAGCGAGUUACCUUGAGGUCGGUGUGAGCGACACGGGACGUCGUUCAUCCAAUCACAGGCAGUUACGAUCACAACACUGCAGUAAAACAACAACAGCAACAACAACGAUAAUAAAGGAUUGUAGUUUGGGGUUAAAUCGCGUAAAUGUAAAGGUGUGUCGUUCACUCACCACCACCCGACACAGCCAAUUAGUGAGGUUUGUCACGUAAACGAUAACGCGCAAAUUAGUUUAGGACUUCAGCGCAACGGUUGUGUGUCAGAGAGUAAACCCCGCACCAUUUACAAUUUUAGUACUGCGACGUUUCGCUCGUGAUUACAACAACAACAACAAUCAGCCUAAUCAGGCGAUCUGCCACAAACGUGUAAACCACAGCAAGUGGCACCAUGAGUGGCCGCUACAGAGAAACAGCAGACGUCCUUCAUAUUGUACGAAUACACUUUUGACUUUUUUUUAUACGCUUCGUUAUUCUCUUUGUUCGUCGCAUACCCGAGUGUGAACAAAAAAUAAAAAUGUUACUUGACCAAACCGCACGUGCGCGUGGAAGUGACUCGUUACGGCUCGCCAUUAGGGGCCA